CAGCACUGAUUGGGAUCAUCUGUGUUUAACGCGGGAAAGAACAACAAGACGCAUUCGUACGGAAUAUAAAUAUUAUUGCUAUCCAUUCAUCCAUUGAAUUAAUUAGUGUACAAUAUGGUCGAACGCAUUGAAGACUUGAAUCUGCCUAAUGCUGUGAUUGCGCGAUUGAUCAAGGAAGCCCUGCCCGAUGGCUCCAAUGUCAGCAAAGAGGCGCGUGCCGCAAUCGCAAAAGCCGCUUCCGUAUUUGCAAUAUUUAUAACAUCGUCCUCAACGGCACUGGCGCACAAGCAGAACCACAGGACCAUUACAGCGAAGGAUAUUUUGCAAACGCUAAACGAACUGGACUUUGAGAGCUUCGUCCCAUCGCUCACCCAAGAUCUGGAGGUCUACCGAAAGAUGGUUAAGGACAAAAAGGAGAGUAAAGCCAACAACAAGAAAGAUGCUUCAACUGGAGAUGCCACAGCAAGUAGCAGCUCAGCGGUAGUAGUUGCAGAUAGUGAAGAAGCCGCCUAAUAAUGGAAUGGAGCAGUCAGCGUGUUUAAUAAAAAACUUGUUUUAUACCGGGUCUAUUUACAAAUAAGAAUACUUAGUAUUAAUAAUAGCAACGCAUUUUUCUCUUUAGGUAUAGUGAGUCUAGCUAAUAAAUAUAUAAACCAUAAGAUGAAUAUUUAAGUUAUAAUGUGUUUGGUACUGAUUGUAAAAGCCAUAGACCUUAUAUCAUUGUAAAAACUAAAUUUAUAAUAAAUUACUUUGAAGAAAAA